ACCCUCAAAUAUUUCAAGCAUCGAGAAUAGCAGCAAGAUGUCGGCCUUGCAUACCUUUAUGCUGACGGUGGACCGCGAUAAGCAAGCUGCCAUUGCGAUCGCAGAACAAACCGCCCAAGAUGUCGAAAACAAGCAAACCACCCUACUCGACGUCGUUCAAUCACUCGGCGAAUACAUAAAUUACGACGACGCCAUUAUUCGCGGAAAAGCCGUUUCGUAUCUAGCUGCUGUUGUAAAAGCAUUUUCGCCAAAAUUCUUGACUAGACAGCAAAUUCAGGUUUUGACGACUUUCUUUUGUGAUCGGAUUGAGGAUGGAGGGGCUGUUACGGGGUUGGAUACGUUGCAGAAGUUGGAAAGGUUUACGAAGGAUUUUGCGCAGGAGACUGCGCGGGCGGUAUUCGAGCAUUUUAGAGAGUUGCAAGCCCGUGCGCAGUUGCAGAGAUAUCAGAUAUAUCAGUUAGUGAAUGGGUUGAUGGAGAAUCAUAGAGCGGCUCUUCAUGAAAUGGGUGACGAAUCCCUUGUCGGCAUCGUAGAUCUCAUGACCGGCGAGAAAGAUCCACGCAAUCUCAUGCUUGUAUUCUCCAUACUCAAAGUGGUUAUGGUUGAAUGGGACAUAAGCAAUCACGUUGAAACACUUUUUGACUCUGUGUAUAAUUACUUUCCGAUUACCUUCAAGCCUCCUCCCAACGAUCCGUAUGGAAUCACGGCUCAAGAUUUGAAAGACCGGCUGCAAGCUUGUAUAUCUUCGAAUUCAUUGUUUGCGCCUCAUGCUUUUCCGUCGUUGAUUGAUAAGCUUGAUUCGACGUCGAAUAAUGUCAAGCGGGACUCGUUGAAUGCUCUGAUCGCAUGUAUAGAAUCGUAUGACCCCAAUACAGUGUCGAGGUAUUCCAUCCAAGUCUGGGACGCAGUGAAAUUCGAGAUUCUCAACGUCCAAGAGGACUUCCUCUCCGAGAUGUCCUUGAAUGUGUUGAAAGCCAUCGUCAAACGGCUAUCUGAACAUACAACUCAAGUUUCACAAGACAUGCCACUUGCUCAUUUCCUCAAGCCGAUUAUUACAGAAUGCAAUGAACAACUUCGUGAACCUCAGAACAAACAGGCAAGACCUGCACGGGAAAUCAUUCGCAAUGUCUCCUUUGCGUCUAUGCCCGCAUUUAUCCUCAUCAUACAAUCCGUCGUUGCGCCGCUAUUCACUAUCUACCAAGAAGCCGACUCAAUUGCGAAGCAAAGAGCCUUUUUGGAAACCUAUGUCACAUUGCUAGACUCUGCCAUUGAUCUAUACGGAACAUGGGCAGAUAAAGGUUUCACGCAACCGUUCGAAAAUCCUUUGAUAGCGUUCCAAGAUAGAUUUACCGAGGUGUUUAGUCAAGCAUUAAUGGGUUCGGCUAAGGAAGAAAUAUCCUUUAGACAGACCGCAUUGCAGGGUCUUUUACGCCUGUCGACGCUGCGGAACUUCUUCCAGGAUAACGAGAUUGGAUUAUUCGUGCAAUACCUUGAUGAAAUCCUCCUUAAAGAGGGAGUCGUCGGGUCCGGAGCACUGAAAAAGGAUGCCGUGUCCGCACUUGCGGAACUGUCACGAUACAAGUCAAAUCUCAUCAUGGAAAUCACCUUGCCUGCUUUUAUGGCUACUCUCCCCGAUCAAGAUGAUGGUACAGACCUGAAAUACAUAACAACAUUGGACACUUUGGCACAGAUAAGCGGGCAAAAAAACAUUUUCGAGACGUUGGUUAGACGUCUGUUAAAUAAGUUGGAUCUAUUGUUGCAAGGAGACACUUCUCAUCCUCGAUAUGCCAGGAUUAUUUUACUUACGAUCAUCCAUGCCAUGGAUAAAAAAUGGGACGAUCCAGCAGAGAACCUGAAUCUGGAUAGUUACUACGACCGUAUCGUCGUCGGACUAUCGAAAAGAGCAGCAUUGGCUUCAACAAACGACUCCUCAAAGAUUCUACGCGACGUCUCUGUUUUGGAUACAUUGGGCAGAUUGUGCACUUUGAUCAUCCGCUCAAUCUCUCGCGGAAAGCAAGACGAAGUCGCAGAAAAUACCUACACACUCUUCACCGACUCAAACUUCAAACCCGUCCCAUUCUCUCAAACGAGCGACCAGGACCAAAAAAGGACAAUGAUCCUAUCAACACAUUUACUAGCCGGAUUACCAAAGGACACCACCAAACUACCCUACAACAUCACCAACCCAGAGAGCAUGAUCUCCUUACUAGACGAUCUUAUCCACCUCGCCGAAUCCAUCCCCUCCCAUCCAUUCAUCCAACUAGCCAUCCAUCGCCAAAUCGCUCUCCUCGUGAAUAAAUUCCUACCCAACUCCGCCCUACCGCAACUAACCGACUUUCUCACCAAAACCUUCUUCCCGCCAGACACCGAAACAAUCAAUAAAGGCCUAUCCCCGGAUCGAAUCAAGACAUUAUUCUGGCUCUCAAAAGCGUUGAUCUUGCGUUUAGCACCAGCUACAUCAUCCGUUCUUUCUCAGCUUUUAGAACUACUCUCCUCCACCGACCGCGUAACCAGCGAAACUGCCGCUCGCGGCUUUUCUCUGAUCUUGAGCACAGAUGACGUGUUGUCGGCCACAAACGGGGCAAAUAUUCGUCUCCUCUCAAAACAGCGCGUAUUCAGCAUCAUUGUUCCAAUGAUCAGCUCUAAAUUCCGCGACCUCUCCUCUUCCCCCUCUGCAACCUCAUCUCCAUCGCCAGAUGAGUCUCACAUAAAACCAUCAUACCUAACAGCUCUCUCCUCCCUCCUAACCUCCAUCCCCCCAUCCCUCGUCCUCCCCGAACUUCCUUCCUUACUACCACUACUCCUCCAAUCCCUCGAUCUAACAAACACAACCCUCUCCUCCUCCCUCGCCGUAAAACAAGCAACCCUCCAAACCCUCUCAAUUCUCAUCCGCGACAACGGCGGUGCAUCCCUAAUCCACAAAACGGGCCAUAUCUCCGAGCUCGUUAAACGAUUACUCCGUACUGCUUCGUUGGCUACAUCCAAAAAAGAAGGGAUUCCGACUUCUUCGGCGGCUGUUAGAGAGGAGGCGUUGAGGUGUUUGUUUCUUCUCGCUUCUACAUCUUCAUCAUCUACUGCUGGUUUAAGUGGUGGUGGGGAAGAUGUUGAUGUUGCGCUUCAAGAUGCGAUCUCUAGGCCGACGGGGUCAACUACGACCACAACGACGGCUGGGAUAUCGCCGUUACUACCAGUUAAGAAUUUGGUGUUGAGGGAAUUGUUAAAUGUUUUGGAUGAUCCCAAGAGAGAUGUUAGGAAAGCUGCUGUUGAUGCUAGGGCGGCUUGGUUGAGGGGGGUUGGAGAUGCGAAGGAUGAUGAUGAUGAGUAGUUUGACUCGCACAGUAUAUAGAUGGAUGGAAGAGUUUGGGUUUUAUGGAUACUAGAGUGGAUAGAUUGAAGCUUUUUACCUAAUUGAAUUGCAUUGCAUUGUGAUCUAUUGUC